AAUGAAGUCGCGAAGCGGAACAGUGUGAGACCGGGGGCUUAGAGAGGGACGUCGAGGUAGCCGUUCGCCGUGCGGAAUGGAGGAGAACCAACUCGAAGGGCUAGGUUCCUUAUCUCUGCUCCCGCCUCCGCUUCCGUCUCUCGAUGUUGGCGUCGCGCUCUCUGACCCCUCGGGAGGCGCCGCUGCGCGAAGAGAGGCGCAAGGCUCCGAGGCCGACCCUACUCGGGUCGCUGCUCCUGGCCGCGACUCAGGAGAAGAAGGAAUCGUUUCGGGCGUAACAACGGCAUUUCAUGUUGAGGUUGAUAUCUUUGAUGACGCCCGUGGUGAUGUAAGCCUCCGAGAAGCAGAAGUGGCACUCUCCGGCCCGGUGGUUCUCUCGGGUGAACUUCGUGAUCAGAUUGUCCGGCAGGUUGAGUACUACUUCAGUGAUGAAAAUCUUUCUACUGAUAGUUUUCUCCUAACCUUCAUCAAGAAGGACAAGGAAGGAUAUGUUCCUAUAAAAGUUAUUUCAUCUUUUAGAAGGAUGAAAAAGCUCACCCAAGAGCUCUCUUUGAUUGAGGCUGCACUUACAACAUCAUCCCAACUUGUUGUUAGCGAGGAUGGGAGGAAAGUGAAGAGAUUACAACCAUCAUCAGUUGAAAUUGCAGAUACAAAGUUGCGAACUGUCAUAGUGGAGAAUCUACCAGAUGAUUGUUCAGAAGCUAAUAUUAGAAGAAUCUUUGGCAAACUUGGAAAAAUUGUAAAGGUCACUGUCCAUAAUCCACAUUUGAUGGAGAAGUUAGCAAGCCAAUCGAAGUCUAGGAUUAUACUCAGUAGUAAGAUUCACUCCUUUGUUGAGUAUGGAACAGUUGAGGCAGCAGAGAGUGCUGUAAAUUCCCUCAACGAUGAAAAGAAUUGGAGGAGUGGCAUGCGUGUUGAACUUUUGGCAAAGAGAAUGGAGAAGCAUUGGCUUAGUUCAAAAGGCCGCAAAGUAACUAUCUCUGAGAAUAAUAGUUCUCUUGUAGAGGAACCAACUGCAGAUGGGGAGAAGAUUUCCAUAGACUGCCAUAAUGAAGUUGCUAUGAAGGAGGAAGGUGGACGGGGUAAAGGCAUAAGAAGAACAAAAUAUAAGAGCCGAGGAAGAGGCCAAGCUCAACAAAAUGGUAAUUGCCAUGGUGGAUCUGCUUCAGGCGUAGAGUUGGUGAACAAACAUGUACAAGGGCCAAGGAUGCCAGAUGGAACAAGAGGUUUUGCGUUUGGACGGGGCAAACCUACAUCCUAAUGAACAUGAUACCUGGAAUUUUAGAUUGGCAUUUCAUGACAAGCUUUGUAUAAAGUGUUCCGUAUGUUCGAAAUGUGCUGAAAUGAAGCCAAAUCCUCCAUCCAGAUCUCAUUCUGGCUUUGAGCAUCUUUCGAGUUUAGGAUUGUUCCUAUCUUGUUUUGCUUAUACCGCUUAAAUUCGAUUAUUAUCAGUUUCAGAUAUAUAUUGCUUGUCUGACUGCACAAAUCUCUCGACAACAUGACAUAAAGAAGUUGGACAAUUAUUUUAUA